CCCCUGAUAAACUUUAUUUCGCUCACAACUCAUGCUUUUGCUUUUUUUUGUUUUUUCUAAUCUUCGGUCUGUCUCACUUGCCUGAUAUAUCCCGUGUCAGUGUCACAAACUUCAAGUCCAAUUCACCUUCUGAAGAGUUUGUUAUCUACAGCUCUUUCGUUUUUGCUGUGUGUGACGUCAUUCCCUAUACUCAUCCAGAGAAGGAGUGAGUUACCCCAAGCCUCAGAACUUUGUCAGGGACCACUCAUGAGAUUGCAAGUGAAACGAGAGCAAGAGAUAUAAAACGCCUGGUCUUCUACUAAAUACACUCACGCUACAACAUAACAUCUGUUUUUCCUGGCAAAUUCUAAUUUCAUCCAAAACCUUAUAAUAGACGGAUUUGAGUAACAUACAAACAUACAAACCCGAGACAAGAAACAAGAGACAAGAACCAAGAAACAAGAAACAAACAAUAAUACAAGAUGGCACAACAAAACGGAACAUUGCCAGCCAUGCGCACACAGCCUAAGGCCAUUUUCUUCACAGAUUUCGAUGGAACCAUCACGUUGCAAGACAGCAACGACUACCUGACAGACAACCUCGGAUACGGCGUAGAGCGGCGCCGAAGGGAAAACCACGCAGUGCUCGAAGGCCGACUCACAUUCCGCGACAGCUUUCAGUGGAUGAUGGACAGCGUCAAGACCCCUUAUGACCAAUGCAUCUCCAUCCUUCUCAAGAAUGUCCAGCUCGAUCCCCACUUCGCUGAGUUCUUUGCCUGGACCCGCGAGAACAAUGUGCCCGUCGUGGUUCUCAGCGGCGGCAUGCAGCCCAUCAUCCGCGCCUUGCUCGCCCAUCUCAUCGGCGAGGAAGCUGUCGAGCACAUGCAGAUCGUGAGCAACGACGUGAUGCCCCGCGAUGGAAAGGGCAUCAAUGAGGAGGGCGGUUGGAAUAUCAAAUUUCACGACGACAGUGUGUUCGGACAUGACAAGUCCCUUGAGAUUAAGCCCUACACUGCGCUUCCCAAUCGACCAAUCAUGUUUUAUGCUGGGGACGGUGUAUCAGACCUGUCUGCAGCGAAAGAGACCGAUUUAUUAUUCGCAAAGGCUGGCCGAGAUUUGGUCACGUACUGUGAAAACGAGAAGGUGCCCUUCGUUACCUUCAACGACUUCUCUGAUAUCCACAAAGUCGUCGCUGAUGUUGUCGCGGGCAAGGUUAGCGUCAAGGAGGCUGCUAAAGGAAGGUUAUAGAUCUAUGCAUUAUUUUCACUUAGUUUAGAACGCAGAGAUCCCCGGUAUUUUCAUCAUAGAUUUCGGUAGAGGACAUUUUCGUCCUUCUACUCUCUUUCGGCACUUCAUGGUCUGCAAAGUCAUUUAGACAGCUUCGGCAUUUAUUAGUGCGUUGAAUUAUUUUUAGAGUCUUUAGAGACAGAGAGAGCUAGAGACCGAGAUAGACGGGAGUCGAUGCUAUUUAUCGCUGCUGCUAGGCGGACUAGAUACCUAGGGAUCGAGGAGGGAUCUUAUCAAUACCAAUUCAUAUUUUUCUGCUAGUA